AUACAUAACUUUAUUAUAAAUCUAUAUAAACAUUCUUCUUUCUUCUUCCUCUUCUUUUCCAGGUUUUAUUCUCAAAUUCAUCUCAUAAUAAGAAAUGGAUUGUUCAAUUUGCACAACAAUGCCUUUCAUUCUAAGGCCACCGAGGAAUACGAUUUGUGCAGCUUGCUAUGAAGGUGCAAGGAACUUAAUCUCCUUGGUUAACAAAUUCGACGGCGAUAUCAGUAGCAAUCAUAAUCAUAAAUGUGGUGAGAAAUCAGGAGGAACCAAUGUGAUUUCAUCUUCUAAUCUAUCUUGUAAGGGUUUUGCCAAUGUACUGAAAUGGGUGAAGGAAAUGAAAGACAUGGAAGAGGAAUUAAAUGAUAAAAUAAGCUUUUUGGGUGAGUUUGAAGCUGCCUUCAAAGAUGAAAUUCAUACUGAUAUCCUUGUAAAGCCUGGCAACAAUGGACCUCCUAUUCCUGCUCACAGAGCAUUAUUGGCAGCAAAAUCAGAGAUCUUCAAAAACAUGUUAGACUCAGAUGAUUGUAAAGAAGCACCAAAUGAAGCCAUAACUCUACCAGAACUCAACCACGACGAGCUAGAAUCCCUCCUUAAGUUCCUCUACUCCGGGAGCUUGCCCAUCGAAAAGGUCGAAAAGCACGUGUACUCGCUAUCAGUAGCAGCUGAUAAGUACGAAAUACACUUCCUACAGAAAUUUUGUGAUCGACAAAUGCUGAAUUCUCUUAGUUCAUCCAAUGCCCUAGACAUUCUAGAGAUUUCAGAUGUUUGUUCCAAUUUAACGUUAAAAGAUACUGCCUUGAAUUUUAUUGUGAGAAACAUGGAGGAUAUAGUCUUUUCCUCUAAGUUUGAGUCUUUUGCUUUGAAGAAUCCACAUUUGAGUGUACAAAUUACUAGGGCUUCUUUGAUGGAUAUUAAAAAUAGGAGAAAUAAUGCAAUGUAAAUUAGAAUGGAGAAAAAUUAUUAUUAUUAUUAUUAUUUAAAAGAAAUGCAAAGAAAAUUCUCAAAUUUUUCCUCUCCAAAAUUAUAUGGAGAUUGGAGAGGAUGCAUGGUAGUAAUAUCAAACUUGUAUAUUUAUCAUUUCGAGAUAAACUGUCAUUGUGUAGUGGUAUUAUUGUAAUAAUUUAUUAAGCUUCUAAUAAUUUUAUUGAAACCAAAUUGGUAACGGUG